AUGGAUUCCAUGCGCUCGCUGAAUACGUCGCUUCCCAGCUCGACUCCCCGGCCGCAGCCUCCGGAGCAGCUGCUGCAGGCGUUCAAGACGGCGGCGCUGUCCGUCACCAACCUGUACAAGAAUGCGGUGUGUGAACAGGCUCAGGCUCGACAGGCAGGAUAUCAGGAGGCCAUUGAGGACCUAUUGACCUUCCUGGAUCGGGAGAAUCUGGGGCUCGGUGAUGGGGAGGGGUGGCGAGUCCGACAGUGGGCGACGGAGCGAAGCGAUGGCACGGCUCCGGCCAGCGAUGACGACGAACAACAGCGAGGAGAGAUGGACAAGCGGGCUAGGAGCACCUCGCCGGCUGCCACACGCAAGGUAAAGCCGGAGCCCGAGACCGUUCGCCAGCCGUCUCGAUCGAGGUCGCCUGUUCGCCACGAGUCGACCGGUACCCAAUCGUCCCCCCCUCCGCCGCAGACCACCACCACCACCACCACCACCACCACCAUCACCAACGAGACCGCGAACCCGUUUUCGAGCACCGCCAUCUUUACCUUUUCCGCCGGACCGACGAUGCCCCAAUAUCCAGAGCAAGAUACCGACAUGCAGCCGUCAGAUACCUCGGCCAACCUCUCUCAGGACGAUACCGUCAGCGUCUCGCUUCUACCUCGCAACGCCCGGGCACAACAUCGCCAUGGCAACCUCUCUCGGUCAAGCCCGCGGGCUGCGACUCGUGAGCCCCCCUCGGUCGGGCUUGGCUCCAAGCGAAAGAUGCCCUUCCCAGAUUUCUUCGACCUGUCCGGGUUAGGGAACGGGCGGGAUAUGUUCGGCGGCCCCAAACGCGGCCGGUUCACCUAG